GAAAAAAAGAAAGAAAUCCAGCAUUGGGCCCAGCCAUAGUGGACCCGCAGGAAGCAAUACAGUUAAAGCCAUGCCAGGGCCUUCCACGGGGUUUUGGAUGACGUGGUAGCACAGCUUAAAACGCCCUCAGCAUCUUGGUCCCCACUGCUGUCCGUCCACCACCAGCUGCAAGCGUUCUGGACAGUGACAUAAAAUCACGGACCCGGCUGUCUGUACCCGACUUGUGCUGACGGAGCGCUGACGGUGCCUCGUCAGGCCGAAGAUGCCUCUCUUUGGGAAUACGUUCAGUCCGAAGAAGACGCCCCCUCGGAAGUCUGCCUCUCUCUCCAACCUGCAUAACCUGGAUCGGUCCACCCGCGAAGUGGAGCUGGGCCUCGACUACGGAACCCCCACAAUGAACCUGGCGGGACAAAGCCUGAAGUUUGAAAAUGGCCAUUGGGUAGCAGAGACCGGGAUCAGUGGAGGUGUGGACCAGAGGGAGGCUCAGCGCCUCCGGAAGCGGAACCAGCAGUUGGAGGAAGAGAACAACCUCUUGCAGGUGAAGGUGGAGGUCCUGCUUGACAUGUUCUCUGAGACCACUGCCGAGUUCCAAAUAAUGAAGAGGGAACUGGAAGAGCUGAAGAGUGUCAACCGGAGAAGGAAAUGAAGACCUCGAGAAGAGGGAGAACUGAUCUGAGGAGUGGAAUAUAGCGGAGGUUCUUAAGCUGAAUUGGUAGAUUAGGCCCUUGGUGAGAGGACCCCAAAUGGGGCCAAAGGCACUGGCACCCUUGAGCUGGCAAUGGAAAGGUGAUGACAUCCUGGAGGCAAGCAGGGUUCCAGGCCAGGGCAGCACAUAGCAAUGUCCUCUGGCUGCCCAGCUCAGCGAGGCCAGGCUGUGAACGAGGCCUCUGAGGUCUGGAGCGAUGCUAAGACUCUGGGUGCUCUCCAGGCACUUAACAUAUAAAUGCACUUGUCCCAGCUUCACUCUCAUUGGACGGACUCUCUUGGGAGAAGCAGCGGGAGUUAUCAGAGCAUCCCCCACAGUGGUGUUCGGGGCGUGGCCCCAGUUCUAAAGAGGCUGACCUCCGCCCUUCAGGCCCCCUCUGUGUGCUUUAAAGAGUGUUUGUUCCCCAAAUCCACCUCCUCUGGCUUCAGUUUCUCGGCAGCAUCACCAGUCUUCUAUGCAACACUAUAUUUUUUGCUACUUCCUUGUUUAUACUACUUUUCCCCCUUUUUUUCAAUAAAGAUUU